GCUGCAGCAGCACGGAGCAGCUCCAUUCGGGGAGCACUGCUCGGCCUGAAAGCCUGUUCGCAGCGCAUUUCCUGCCGCUCGGGAGCCAUUCCUCGCCCGCAAGCCUGCAGGCUUGUGCCAGAGAAGCUGACUCCAACUGAGGCUUCCUAAUGGAACCGACAGACAAGCAGAACAGCGACAAUAGGUGGAAGAACAACAGAGACUUGCUCUGUAUUCUGGAGCAAGAGAGGCGGAGGAGGCAGGUGGCUCCAGAGGAGAAAGAUCCAUUCUUGGAGAAGACUCCCUUCUUUGCCAAGCCCUACAAGACCCAUAAAGAAGAUGAGCUGUCAAGGUGCAUCAAGAACUUGCUGGGCGAUGAGGACGCCAAGGUGCUCCUGAGCCAUGAGUCCCCUCUGAAUCCCACAGGGAUUCCAAAAAAGCCACAGUCCAACUCCCAGGCUCCCAGUCACAGGCCGGCCUCCAGUAGGACAAAUCCGUCUGAGGACAUAUGGAGAGAAUCCUCACCACAAUCACUGGGCACCACACCUAAGCCUGAGCUGAGCUAUGGUGCCAGCAAUGAAGGUCUCUCAAAUGGGAGGUCAGAAGUCAAAGCUCCACAAUCUGAAAUCCUUCCUGAGCCUGUCCAGCCCAUGGUGCACACUGAUGUGCAGUCCAUUGAAGGAAUAUUGAAGGAAAUGAGCAGCCCCCUGUCACCUCUCCUGCCAUCCCUUCAGUCACCUGAGAGAACAGAGACUUCCAAAUUUCCUGUGCAGGCAAAGGAAACACAGUAG